AUGGCCAUACAAAACGAACCCCUCCCUCUCACAGACCGCGACAUCCAAUUCCAAAAAUACUUCACGGCCCUCGCCCCAAACUACCACCACCUGACAAGCAACACAACCUACUUCAUCGCCCAAAAAGCCCUCUCCCUCGCCCCACCACCCACAGACUCCACCGCUCUAAUCCACGACAAUGCCAGCGGCCCCGGAACCGCCUCGCUGGCCCUAAUAUCCCACUACGAAUCCACCGACACGCCCAUUCCACAUAUCACAGCAACAGACUACACCCCCGCCAUGAUCUCCGCCCUCCCCUCCCUCGCAAACGUCCACGCAACCGUCGCAGACUCCCAAUCCCUGCCCCACCCAAACAACCACUUCGCCUACAGCAUCACCAACAUCUCCCUCGGAAACUUCAACUCCGCGGCGCUCGCCCUGCGCGAAAUCUAUCGAACCCUUCAAUCCAACGGCACGGCGGUAGUCACGCACUGGAAAACCUUCGCGCUCGGGACAAUCUUGCACAAAUGUCUCGAACGCUUCCACGGCGAACCACAGCCGGAGCCGCCCGUGGCGGGAAAGGCGCUGAUGGAGACGGAGGGCGGGAUUAAGGAGAUGUUGGUUGAGGCUGGGUGGGAGAGGGGGAGGGUGGAGACGUUUGAGGUGGAAGUUGUUAGUCAGGAGGUGGAGGGGGCGGUGGAGUUUUUGACGGGGCCGUUUUUGGGGGUUGUGAGGGGGAUUUUGGAGGGUGGGGAGGAGGGGAGGGAGAGGUGGAGGGCGAUUGUGAGGGCGGUUGUGGAGGGGGAGGGGCAGAUUAGGUGUGAGGGGUGGGUUGUUGUUGGGAGGAAGUAG